GGUGACCCGACCAUGGAUUUAACGGACGAGAGUGCGCAACGGAGUCCCUUCAUGAGCGAUUCAGACCCAGGCCAAACGACUGCUCGAACCGUCCCCAUCCUCCACCCUCCAGUCAUCCAAACCUCUGCUCCUUCUCCUGGAGAUCCAAUGGAGGUCACGCCUCCAGCAUCCGCCAUGAUGGCCCCCCCGGCGCGAACCAGCCCAGACUCCGAGACAAACGGCGUACAUGAUCAGAUGGUGAUGGGAGAUCAACCACAUUCUGGCAGUCUGGCUGGACCCAAUGCUGCCGCUGCCGCAGCAGCGGGUGCCCAACAACCAAAAGUUGUACAGACUGCCUUUAUUCACAAGCUGUACAAUAUGUUGGAAGAUCAAAGCAUUCAACACCUGAUAUCUUGGUCAAACUCGGCCGAGAGUUUCGUCAUGUCGCCAUCUAAUGAUUUCUCAAAAGUUCUCUCCGAUGUCUUCCACACUGGUUCGCCAGAGUCUCCACUGUGGGAAUUCAAGCAUGGCAAUGGCAAUUUCAAACGAGGAGAUCUUGUUGGGCUUCGAGAGAUUAAACGCCGCGCAUCAAGACACGCUCUGGUUCACAGAGAUUCUUAUUCCGCGCCGAAGCUCCCACUUUCCCAGCCGGGAACACCAGCAGAGCCAAUCCAUUCAAUGCAGGAAUCGACCGAAUCAAGGCUCACCAAUCUUGAACACACCUUAUACGAGACGCACGCUAGACUCCAGAGGACUGAGGAUAACUCUCAGUUCAUGCAUGUCAGGAAUCAAGUCGUCAUGGAGGCUUUGACCCGCUCACUCCAGCUGAACCACGAAAUGUCACGGGCAAUUCUUUCACUUGUACCCAACCCGGAGACACCUUUGCAUCGAGACGUAAUAAAUAUGCAAACCGAAAUCCAACGGCAGGUAGAGGUAAUCAGAUCAAUGGAUGAGCCACCCGAGCCUCCCUUUUCCGGAAGUCGGCCCUAUUUCUCCAAUCUGUCGCUUGACAAUGCCCCUGUCUCACCACGACAAAUGCCACAGGACGAUCCUCGUCGCGGAACAACUAUGGGCGUUGCCCCUCGACAGAACUUUUAUCGUCCGCCUGUACCAUCGCAUCUGUCCAUCACCCCGCGCAGGUACGGCUCAAUUGGAGCCAACACAUCACAAUCAUCACCCAGCUCGUUGCGAGGCCAGGUUCCUCCACCGCCCCCUCCUCCCCAUCCUCUUUCAACCGUAGCAUCACCUCCCACAAAUCUCCCCCGCCGUCAUACAUCGGCCGAUAUCCGGAAUGUCCCCGGCUGGCAAGCAAACUCGUCUCCUUUUGGCUCUGGACAGUCAUCGUCGCAGUGGCCUUCAUCACCCAAAAGGGGUCCUGUGAUCAUGACCGAAGAUCAGCGCAUUCGUGACAGCUUCAGCUCCUAUUCACUUACUACAGCCUCCUCCCAAGGCCGCACCGAUAAUUCCCGCCCAACGACACCGCCUUUUUCGAAUGGAGCCACCGUAGACCAUCUCAAUAGCUGGUCAUGGGGUGGUUCCCGAGAGAAAGGUACUACAGGUCUAUUCAAGGAUAAUUCCGGACCACCUACCAGGAGAGGUAGCAUGGCCCACAUUCUGAAUCCAGCAGAGACAGCCGAAAGAGACGAAGAGCAUGAGGAGGAGUUGAGGGAAGAAGACAGAAAACGAAAACGGCUGCAAUAGAAGUACAAAAUACGGGCCCCAUACUUUGAUGUUUGAACGACACGACUAAUGUUUUCUACCAUUAAAUCAUAAGGACGGCGGAGGUAUUAAAUUUUUUUUUUGUACAAGUCAUGGAUAAACAGGGGUUUUGCCAAGGAAGCAUGGAUUUGCAUUAU